CGCUUGACUUUGGUUUCCUUGAACUUAUUACAACCACGCCAACCCCCAACUCUGAACAUGCUGGGAUCUUUGUAUCGUUUCUCGCUUGAGCGUCCCGUUAUCUUUUGGUCCUUUGUCCUUGGCUCUGCAGGUCCCGUCAUGGUAUGGACUGUGCCCAAGAUUCGUCGCGAAUAUUUCGGUUACAAGGGAGUGGCUGCUCUUCCCAUCACUUAUCCUCUUCCUCAAGGCCCGCGCAAUCCUCCCUCCGGUUACGAAGAUACCGCAUAAAUAAAAACGAAACCAAAAAGCACGUCACUUGGAAACGAACAAUAGGCAUCUUUUUUUUUUUUUAUUCCACAAAUUCAUGGGUUUAAAAUGAGGGAAACAAAAAAAAGUGGAUUCCAUGUUUCAUAAUAGACAACGGUUGGCUGGCGUGAAAUGGCGUGAACCCAACAAUGAAAAAAAAAAUUAUAAUAAAAAAAUAAUCGUUUCAUUUUAUUUUUUCAUCAA